GUUUAUGGUAUAUCAAGACGCGAGAGACGACGGAAAACGUCAAAACAAAUUGUUUUUUGUAAUCCAACUGAAUAUUUGUCCAAUACAAAUUUUAAUAUUUCAAUAUCAUAAUGAAUUAAUAAUUGAUAGAGCUAAUUGUAUGCAUAUACUAUUAAAUAUUCUUAUCCAGAAUGGAGAGGGUAAACGGUAUUUUAUUAGUGAUAUCGUUAUGCGCUUUAUUAUGGGGUGUGGCCGGUCAGUACGAAUGGCAGUUACGAGACGCUUUUGAUGAAAUUCGAGGCAAAAUGGAUAAAGUUACAUCUGAUAACUGCUAUAUCACUUAUUUGGAUGAUCUGUAUUUGCCAGAAGACUCCGUAUCUCACCGGCCUGACGUGAAAGAGAUCAAUAUAAAUCCCGUGUUUCCUAAUCGCACCGCAAUGCUUCAUUUACACAAUAUGGCUAUGAACAGAGCUUUUUUCUGGAGCUAUAUCCUCCAGUCACGGUUUAUUCGGCCGGCUAUCAAUGACACCUAUGAUCCAGGCAUGAUGUAUUACUUUCUUUCCGCUGUCGCCGAUGUAUCUUCUAAUCAUUAUAUCAACGCUAGUUCUAUCUAUUUCUCACCAAAUAUGUCAUACACGUCAUCUUAUAGAGGAUUCUUCAAUAAGACGAUGCCAAGAUUCGCCCCUAGAGCUUACAGGGCGGACGAUUUCAAUGAUCCUGUUCAUCUUCAGAAAAUUUCUACUUUAAAUACAUUGUAUGUGGAGGAUUUAGGUGCUUUUGAUCCAGAAAGUUUGUCAAAAGAUUAUACAUCUGAUUUCUAUCGUACAAAUGAGUGGUACCAUCUUUGGUUACCUGACAAAGUAGAUAAAAGGCAUGAUACUAAGACAACAUAUCAAGUGGAGAUCAGAUAUGCCAAUAAUACAAAUGAAACAUUUACAUUCCAUGGACCUCCUGGAAAUGAUGAGAGUCCAGGGCCAGUGAAUUGGACUCGUCCAUAUUUUGAUUGUGGAAGGUUGAACAAGUGGCUGGUGGGAGCCGUAUCUCCUGUUGCUGAUAUUUACCCUCGCCACACACAAUUCAGGCAUAUUGAAUACCCUACGUAUACAGCAGCUGUUGUGAUGGAAAUGGAUUAUGAUAGAAUAGAUAUAAAUCAAUGUCCAAUUAGUCAGGGGAAUGAGGGACCAAACAGAUUUGCGUCUACUGCACGAUGUAAAAUUGAAACUACUGAGUGUGAGCCACUACAUGGGUGGGGCUUCCGCCGCGGCGGCUACCAGUGCCGCUGUGCACCCGGCUUCCGGCUGCCCAGCAUCGUGCGCCGCCCAUACCUCGGCGAGAUCAUCGAGAGGGCCACCUCUGACCAGUACUACAACAACUUCGACUGCCUCGAGAUCGGAUGGGUGCAGCGGUUGCCGGUGCAGUGGGAACGUGCGGAGCCGUGGCUGCGGGCGCUGUACGUGGACCGGCACGCCGAGUACGUGAACGCCACGGCCGGGCCCGCCGCGCUGCACACGGAGAAGGUCAACGUCUACGAGGUGCUCAACUUCAUCCGGGGGGUACAGCCCUCUAACUGCUCCAAAUACAACCCUUCGGAUUUGUACCUAAACGGAGACAUAGCAUACGGGAAAGAAGAACAAAUGGAAAACCAGGCCAAAAUGGCGCUGCGUUUGGCCAAUUUUAUUAGUGCAUUUUUACAGGUGUCGGACCCCACGGAGGUGUUCAGCGGCACUCGCGUCGCGGAUAAACCUCUCACCGAAGAUCAAAUGAUUGGCGAAACUCUUGCCAUUGUGCUCGGCGACUCGAAGAUUUGGUCUGCAGGUACAUUCUGGGAUAGAAAUAAAUUCACCAACCGUACAUUUUUCGCACCGUUUGCAUACAAGACCACGUUGAAUACGAGGAAAUAUAAAUUGGAGGAUUUGGCCAGACUGAACAAAACUGAAGAGCUAUACACAAACAAACAGUGGUUCCAAUUCCUCAAACAACGCUGGUCGACCAACUUCGACGGGCUCGAAGAAGUCUUCCUCAAGAUGAAGAUUAGGGACAGCGAGGCGGGAACGUAUUUGAAACGAUACGAAAGGUAUCACACGUCGUACAAGGCGGCUAAUCUGAAGCACGGACAUUGGACCAGGCCGUACUACGACUGCGAGGGACACCUGAAACAAUGGGUUAUCACAUAUGCGGCUCCAUUCUUCGGAUGGGAUAAUGUUAAAGUGAAAUUGGAAUUUAAGGGAGUCGUAGCAGUAACGAUGCCUUUAACGUUAUUGGACAUCAAUCAAUGUCCGGAUAAAAAUCAAGUGCCCAACGCUUUUCAGGGCACAGACAAAUGUGACAGAAGCUCUUCCUAUUGCGUGCCCAUCCUCGGUCGUGGGUUCGAAGCCGGCGGCUACAAGUGUGAAUGCCUCCAAGGCUACGAGUAUCCGUUCGAGGAUCCCAUCACAUAUUACGACGGGCAGAUCGUGGAAGCGGAGUUCCAGAACAUCAUAGUUGAUAAAGAGACACGUAUAGACAUGUUCAAGUGCAGGUUGGCCGGUGCGGCUGGCAUACAGGGCAGUUUUGCAAUAAUUGUAGCGGUUUUGUUCCUGUUAUUAAAAAUUAGGUAAACAGAGUUUGUCCCGGUAAAAAAUCGUUCCAGUAAUAGUUUGUUCCGGCAAGAGAUCGUCACAGUACUAGUUUGUUCCGGUAGGAAAUCGUCCCAGUAAUACUUUGUUCCGGUAAGAGAUCGUCACAGUACUAGUUUGUUCCGGUAAGAGAUCGUCUCAGUAAUAGUUUGUUGCCGUAAGAGAUCGUCCCAGUACUAGUUUGUUCCGGUAAAAGAUCGUCCCAAUAAUAGUUUGUUCUGGUAAGGUUUGUUCCAUGUAAAAGCUUGUUCCAGCACUGUUUGUUCCAGUAAAUAUUGGGUGUUUUUAUAAUUUAAGUGGAGACUAUUGCAAUAAUAUUAUGGUCAUGUAUGGUCAAUUAUAAAAACGCUCAUUAGGCGACAGUAUUUCGUAAUAAGGAAGACACCUCAGCAUAUUUACUUUUAAUAUAAAAGACAAUAUUUUGAAAAAUAUAGUUAGGUAGAUGUCGUGGCUGCUAGUUUGUGAACUGGAAAGUAUUAUACAUAUAAAUGUUCCUAUUGAAUCACUCUAUCUAUUAAAAAAAACCGCAUCAAAAUCCGUUGUUUAGUUUUAAAGAUCUAAGCAUACAUAGGGACAGACAGACAGGAAUCGACUUUGUGUUACACUAUCUAGUGAUAAUACAAGCGUAAUGUAAGUUAUAAAUGCAAGGGGGGAAAUGAUCACAAUUUUUAAUCUUUAUAUUAUAAUAUUCUCGACGGUUGGGUUUGAUAACACAACAUUUAAAGAAUUUUUUGUUCUUUUUUUAAUUUAAUUUGCGAAUUAUUGCCUAUACAGCAUAUGUUAAUUAUAUAUAACUUAAAAUUAUUUAAAAAUAUUGAAAUUAGUACUUGGGUUGAAGUAAAUGCAGAUUAUUAUAAGGUCAUUAUAUAUAUAUAUAUAUAUAUAUA